GUUAAAAAAAUGGAAGGAAGAACAACAAGUGGAAUCGAAGCUUCAGUUUUGUUAGCGGAAGUGAUUGAUUUACUUGCAACAGAAAUACGAAGUUCUGAUCAGCAACCCGCAAACCCUACUUUCUUGACAUCUCUGUGUCGUUGUCUAGCCAGAGUUAUUGAUUAUGCAGUUGCAUGCGACGAGGUACCGUCAAGAGUUCAACAACUGCCGCUGUUGCUCAAACAGGUUUGUCAAUAUAGUAAUGAUGAUAUUGAUGCCUCCGUUCAAGCUGCUGUCAUGGUGCUUAUGAUUUCUGUCAAGAACGCUUGCAAGAAUGGAUGGUUUCCAGUUGAGGAUACGGUUAACCUUCUUAUAUUGGCCGAGCAGGCUGCAAAUCUUUUCAGCAAUGUCGACGAUGUGAAUGCUGUACCAACCGAUGAGUUUCCUGUUAUAACAAAAAUCGUAAAUAGGUUCUAUCCAAAAAUAAAAUUGGGCAACAUGCUUGCGUUUCUUAAAGUCAAGCCUGGAUUUAGAGCUUUUACGGCCGACUUCAACAUCUCAAAUAAGACAACUCCUGUGCAAGAAGAAAUUGGUCUUUUUGUUGCUAAACUAAAUGAUGUAAACACAUCCUCUUGUAUUGUGACUCCACCUCAAGCAAAUUUUUUGUUAAAUGGGAAGGGAGUAGAGGGCAGGACUAAUUGUUCCAUGGACUGCGAACCACAACUUCCAACAAAUGUUACCGCAAUGCUUGAGCAGGGAAUGAAUCUUUUACAAGCUGUUGGUCAGUUUGAUGACGACUACAUCGUUGCUAUAGCCUACAUGCAUGAGCUGUCAGCUUUUGAUUCUAUAAUGAUACCAGAUUAUAUAAAGCCGGUUACUUCAUCUGAUUCCUGUUCUGAUGUUAUUCUUGAGCCAACACAGGUUUCUCUAAACUGCCCUAUAAGCAAGACGCGUAUAAGAACUCCUGUCAAAGGACAUUGCUGUAAUCAUUAUCAGUGUUUUGAUUUCGAGAGUUUCAUGAUGUCAAACUCAAAGCGGCCUUCAUGGCGUUGCCCUGUUUGUAACCAGUCUGUCUGCUACCCUGACAUACGCAUUGAUCAGGACACAGCCAAGAUCUUGAAAGAAGUGGGAGAUAAUGCUCUUUAUGUGGUAAUCUCGGCAAAUGGCUCUUGGAAGGUUAUCUUAGAGAGUAAUGACGAUGCAGAUCCACCAUAUAAGAGAAUGAAGGGUUGUCAAAGAGAGAGGCCUGAACAGCAUGACUCUGGUGGAAAAAUGUCUCGCCCUGCCAAUGUCAUUGAUCUUACAGCAGAAGAGGCUGAUUCUGCUCAAGGUAUAAGUAUCUCGGACAGUGAAGCCAGGAGACACCAAGAUAAUCCUCGCAAUUCUCUUCUCGCUGAAAAUCUUGCACCAUCCGAUGCAGAUAUUAUAGGUGAUGAUAAUAAUAAGAAGUUCCUCCGGAAUGUUGCUGUCCAAACAGAAGAAGAUAUGCAUUUUACUGCAGGUUGUACUUUGGCAACCCCUGAUACAAGUAUGGCUGACUGUACCUCUGCUGCUAAUACUGAACACGAGGAAAACACAAGUAGAGUUUCAAGCACAACUGGGUCCCAGUAUCCAAUACUAGAAAUAUCAAGUGGUGUAAAUUUUUUGGUGUCAAAUGGAGACUUUUCCCACAGCUUGCCUUUUGCGGCACUUGAUGGUAGAAUUGCUGGCAAUGCUAGCACAGAAAAUAGUCAACAGCUUGGUAGAGUGUCUAUGAAUGUUUUACCAGUUGCAGAUAUAGCAUCACCCUCCGCACAAAAUCAUUUAUCGACACAAGUAAGCAAUAAUAAGAAUGUACUCCAGAAUGUCGCUGUCCAAACAGGAAAAAAUACGUCUUCUACUGCAUCUGGUUGUACUUCUGCAGUCCCUGCUACAAGUAUGGCUGACUGUACCGCUACUGCAAAUACUGAACACGGGGGAAAUGAGGGUAGAGUUUCAAGCACAACUCAGUCCCAAAAUCCAAUGCUAUCUGAAAUUUCAAGCGGUUUAAAUUUGAGGGUGCCAAAUCGAGACUCUUCCCACAGCAUGCCUUUUGCGUCACCUGAUGGUAGAAUUGCUGGCAAUGCGAGUACAGAAAGUAGUCAACAGCUUGGUAGAGUGUCUAUGAAUGUUAUGCCAGUCGCAGAUACGGCAUCGCCUUCCACACAAAAUCGUUUAUUGACACAAGACCAAGGAGGUCAACAGAUUCAUACUCCUGUGGUGCCCUUGAGGCGCCCUCGAUCUAAAAACAUGUUCAACACCCCAUGGAGUGCCACUUUUUCUGGCAUGUUGGCUGCCCAAGCUGCAAUUCAGUCUCAGAACACGUUCCAGGCUCCUCAGAACUCCAACCGUUCUGGAAUGAGGACUAACCAAGCUGCAAUAACGCCUCAAGACUUGGUCCAACCACAACAAUACUCCAGCCUUUUCAGAAUGAGGACUGCUCAAGCUGCAUUCCCAUCUCAAAACUUGAUCGAAGAACCCAAUCUUUCUGGCAUGAAGGUGACUCAAGCUCCAGCACCAUCUCAAGACUUGAUCCAAGCUCAACAACACCAGUUUGCUAGCAUGAGAACUUCACAAGCUGCUCCCCAACCUCAAAACAUGACCGAAGCUCCAGUGUACCCCAGCAACACUAGAGCGGCACCACAUAUUCAACACACGGUAAAUCCAUCUACUGACGCACAAGUGAUUCAUCAGCUCCAGCUAAGUGGCAGUGCCAAUCAAGUCUCAGGUGCUGCAACUGACGAUCAACUUCCACAAAAGACAACGCCACAGUCAACACCCCAUGUACCAAAAACGGCAUUGUUUGCACCAGUUUAUCUUGGACCAUCUGGAACAAGUUCCCCAUUGACUCAAGGCAUUGUUACUCAGCCUCACAUGACAACCGGCAAGCGGAGGGAUGCAGUUGGGAUUCCCCAGCCAACAGACUCGGUGGUUGAAACUUCUGGUAAAUCGGCAUCCACCGAUAAAUGGCGGCCCACUGGAAAAAUGAGGGGAAGUCUAACAGGACAGGCUUAUGCUGCAUAUAAGCAAUUUGUGACUCGACCUAUUCAACCUUCUCAGGCAGCUACAAAUCCAUCCAAGCACCCGACAAUUCCUCAGUGAGGUGGGGUAAGUUGUAUAGUACACUUUUGCAUAAAGCUCCUUAAUGCAAUGGAAACGACUUUUUUGAAAGGAAAAAAAAACAAAAGCUUUUGAGCAACUUGUAUAUAGUUCUGCAAGAAAUUAAAUUUCUUCGUGGUGCAAAUGUCAAAAUUUUCAGCUGGUAUGGUAUGUUGUGGGAUUUUAUUGAUUUCA